AAUCUUCUCGGCGACCAAACAACCAAGUCCUUUCCAUCAAAAUGAAGGCCUCAUUCUCCUCUGUUCUUGCUGCCUUGGCCGCUUUCAACACUGCCCUCGCUCUCCCCACCGAGGCCAGCGCCAGUAACGUGGCUAAGGCUGGGUUGCCUGAGGGACUUCCAGAUGGUAUCUACAUCGAAAAGCUGGCCGAUGAUGGAUCAGUCGCCUUUGAGCGUGUCGCAGAUGUGAACAUCACCGCGCCUGCCGAAGUGGCCUCGCUGCACAAGCGCCAGGGCAGUUUUGGCCCUCACUGCGACUACGACCGAGCCGGAUGGCUUGAUUCCAAUAACCGCCAGAACGCUAUCAACGCGCUCGCCAACGGUUGUGGCGACGGUUGGUUUUUCAACUCACCGAGGGCUUGGUCGAGCGUGAAUGGUGCCGUCGCAUAUGGCUGCAACUACCAGGGAGACAGAGGAACGACCUGCCGCCGCAAUGAGAUCCACAACUUUCUCGGUCAAACUACUAGCUACUGCGGCACCACGACUCCAGGCUGGUUCUCGUUUGGCCAGGGGACAGUGAGCUACGGCUACACCCUCCCCAAUGUCGGUUUCUGCUAAGGGCUAGCACCCUAGUCAGUCUUGACAAGCAAA